CCGGUAAGCCGCUAGGGCAUCGGAAGCAUUGCCAGGGGGGGAAUGGCAACCUCCCUGCCUUCCCAAACCCACAGAACAACUUAACGGUCACGGGAAGGAGUAACGUCUCCCUUUCACUGUUUCUUCUGUAGGCGCUAGUUGGUGCGGCUUGGAUGAAACGGUUGCAGUUGCAGGGAGCUGAACGGCCGUCUGGAUUCACCUACGUCUGGGUUUACCUACGGAUGAAAGCUUUUGGGCGAGUGCUGACAUUGUCAUCAGGAUGGGUGUUGGGGGAGGAGGGUUUUGGGAGUUGCUGAAGCCAUUGGCGAGAUAUGAGGACUUCGAGUUCCUUAGAGACAAGAAGGUGGCAGUGGACCUCUCCUACUGGAUAGUUCAGCACGAGACUGCUCUCAGAGGGAGCGCGAGGAACCCCCAUCUGAGACUCACCUUCUUUCGGACAAUCAAUCUUUUCUCCAAGUUUGGUGCAUUUCCGGUCUUCGUUGUGGAUGGCGAUCCUUCCCCGUUGAAGACAAAAGCAAGGAUCGACCGAUUCUUUCGAAUGAGUGGUAUCGAUACGACCGAUUUACCGAAGCCUGAUGGUAACAUUGUUGCCAGGAAUGGGAGGUUCGUCAAAUGUGUCCGAGAAUGUGUGGAACUGCUUGAACUGUUGGGAAUGCCUGUUCUCAAGGCAAGAUCUGAAGCGGAAGCUCUUUGUGCACAGUUGAACAGUGAUGGUCAUGUUGACGCUUGCAUAACUGCUGACGGUGAUGCAUUUCUUUUUGGAGCAAAUUGUGUAAUAAAGGAUCUCAAGCCCAACCACAAAGGUUCAUUUAUUGAAUGUUACCAUAUGUCAGACAUUGAAGCUCAUCUUGGAUUGAGAAGAAAGCACUUGGUUGCUAUUGGUCUCUUGGUUGGAAAUGAUUAUGAUCUGAAAGGGAUACAGGGCAUUGGUUUUAGCAAUGCUGUUCGCUUUGUUCAACUAUUUCAUGAAGAUGACAUUCUGGAUCGAUUGCAUGAAGUGGGGAAGAAAGACCCAAAAUUGAUCUUCCAUGGUUUGAAAAAUCCAGACACUGAUGCUGCAGAUGCUGAGACUAGUUUGCCAAAGCGUAAGCCUAACCAUUGUUCACAUUGUGGUCAUCCUGGUACCAGAGAUGCUCAUUGCAAGGGUGCUUGUGAAUAUUGCAAUGUUAGUGGUGUUGAAGGCUGCAUUCAGAAGCCUAUGGGCUUCAAGUGUGCAUGCUCUAGCUGCUGUGAGAUGGUGAGAAGGAAGAAUAGUAAGAAGGAAGAGAACUGGCAGCUCAAAGUCUGUAGGCUGAUUGGAGCAGAAGAGAAUUUCCCAAACCAGGAGAUCGUGGAAAUGUUUCUUGCUAGCAACAAUGGUUAUUUCUCUGAGGAAACUGGGCCGGCUAUCUCAUGGAGAAAGCCUGAAGCUGGAUGUCUGAUAGAUUUCUUGUCCUACUACCAAAACUGGAAACCAUCAUAUAUUCGUGAAAGGCUGCUUCCCUUGCUGUCUACCUUCUUUCUAAGGGAGAUGGCGUCCAACCAUUCAGAUGAUCUGCUUUUGUUCGAUCAGUACAAGUUUGAUUCCAUUCAUCGGGUGAAAGUCCGGAAUGGCAUCCAGUCAUAUGUGAUAAAAUGGAAAAGAGCAUGGCCUGAACCGAGGCAACGGAUUGAUGAGGCACCACAAGUAAGACCAUGGCAUGAUGGUCAAGAUAAAAACCCGUCAGGAGCUAGUGAAGUUUGUGCUCAGUCAGAUGAUGGUGGUUCAGUCAUCUGUCAGACUGAUCCGGAUGCAAUGACUGGAGAAUCCAAUGAUCAAGAAAGAAAAUCAUUUGGAACUGAUGAACUUACUGACAUGCUAGACGAUGCUGCAGAUAUUGCCAAGUUUGUUGCAGAUGAUGGUUCAUGUUACAUAACAACGGAUGAGAAUAUGGAACUCGUGAAGUCUGCAUUUCCUGAGCAAGUUGAACAGUUCCUCAAGGAACAGGAAGUAAAGAAGGCCAAAUCUGGGCGCCGGAAAUCCCCCACUGAUCAAGGAACCGCACAGCGCAGCAUCACCGAGUACUUCCGAUCAACAAAGAGGCUAAGCUCUUCUGAUCAAAUCAUACCCAUCAAGGAUGCCGGCAUUGCUUCACCGUCACAGAAUGUCGACAAGCGUACAAUUGCUCCGGCUGCAGAAUUAUCGAAAUCUGCGCGGAGAAGGCUUCUGUUUAACUAA